AUGGAGAAGUAUUUAAGUGUUAUAGAAUUAGAAGAAGCAGCAACUUCCAUCCUACCGAAAACUGCAAGAGAUUAUUAUCGGAGUGGUGCAACUGAUGAGCACACCCUAAAGGAAAAUAAGCGUGCUUUCCAAAGAUUGCGGAUACGUCCUAAAUGUCUGGUAGGCCUGACUGACUGCAAUCUUCGCACAACUAUCUUAGGAGAUGAAGUAUCUAUGCCAGUGGGUAUAUCGCCUACGGCAAUGCAGAAAAUGGCUCAUCCUGAUGGUGAAAUUGCAAAUGCGAAAGCUGCCGAAAAGGAGGGAGUUAUCUUUACGCUAAGCACUAUCGCCACAAGUUCAAUAGAGGAAGUAGCAAAAGCUGCCCCGCAGGCGGUAAAGUGGUUUCAGCUUUAUAUUUAUAAAGACAGAGAAGUCACAAAGAAUUUAGUAUUGAGAGCAGAAAGGGCAGGUUUUAAAGCAAUUGCGCUGACGGUUGAUACUCCAUUUUUUGGACUAAGAAGAGCAGAUGUCCGGAACAAAUUCACUUUGCCCCAACAUUUGAGGCUUGCAAAUUUUGAAGGUCAUCUAGCAACGAAAAUACACUCAUCAGGAGAUGGAAGUGGUUUAAGUACAUAUGUAAAUAAUUUAUUUGACAAGACACUGACAUGGGAUGAAAUAAAAUGGUUAAAGAGCAUCACCAAGCUACCAAUUGUUGCAAAAGGUAUUCUUCGUGGUGACGAAGCUGUAAAAGCUGUAGAAGCAGGGUGUGCCGGUAUCCUAGUUUCAAAUCACGGCGCUAGACAGUUGGAUGGAGUUCCAGCAACGAUUGAGGCUCUUCCAGAAAUAGUUGAAGCAGUUAAGAAUUACAAUGUUGAAGUGUACUUAGACGGCGGAGUCACGACUGGCACUGACGUUUAUAAAGCUUUGACUCUUGGUGCAAAGGCGGUAUUUGUCGGCCGUCCAGCUCUGUGGGGAUUAGCGUUAGGAGGACAAGCUGGUGUUCAACGCAUGCUUAAUAUAUUUAGAACUGAAUUAGAGUCCACAUUCCAAUUGGCAGGUACUUCAAGCAUCGCAGACAUAACAAGAGACAUGGUGGUACAUGAGUCAGUCUAUAGUAAAUUAUAA